AACUUUAUUGGUUUUAGUUAUUAAUCUAUCGGAUGAGCUUCAAUGUAACCUGUUUUCUCGGUAAGCAAACUUCUAACUAUAAACAUAACAGCAACUAGGUUUUGUUUUCUUAAACUUCUGCCAUAUUUCCCUGCGCCUGUCGCAGUGAUCGCCACUAAGACAUUUCAAGAACAUUUUCCUCAUAGCUUCGCUGUAAUACGAAUUCCAAAGAAAUUUGACGGGUGCUUGGCAUUUUGGCGCGAAAAUCUUUUAGAUUCUGGCCAGCUGAAAUCCGUAUGCGCUGUAGAUUUGAUUUUAACUAGAUAUGACACGGCUAGAAACAGUGAUUUUUCCUUAUUCGUGUACUGUAUUGUAGUGCUCAAAAUGUCAACAGAUGCUAAAAAUGUAAACCUGCACGUGGAAGCCAUUUAAAUGCCAAGCGUGCCUGUCACUAAAUGGUUUUUUAAACUGACCUGCUCAAGGCCUUCUUCGUAGAAUUACUUUGAUACAAAACUGCCGACAGAAAAGCAAAUACAUCUUUUGAAAAAAUGCAUUUGGGGAAUUUUUUUUGAAAGUAUCAGAUCAGAUCGAGUUAACUAAACUGAUUGAUAUGAUACGAACGGAACUUACAGUGAAAUUUCUUGAGAUAAAAAUCUGUGUUGCACAGGGCGGCCUUUUUAAUUUGGUUACACUCUUUCGUCGAUUUUUCAUUUUGAAGACUUUGCGGGCGUGCUUUGAUAGAGAGAAUUUCCUUUACUUAAGGGCCCUCAGGCAACGAACAAAUAACUUGAUUUUGAUCAAAAAUCUAUAAUAGGCUAACGGAAAUGUUAUUCUCAAUAAUUCAUAAGGUCUUUGAAAUUUUAAUUUUUUAAGAUUUGGAGCAAAGUUUGGGUUAGUUGUUUUGCUUUUGCGAGGUGUACUUGCAGCUUGAACGAAGACGUUUUAUAAGCCGUUGAAAGUUCAGUCAGUAAGUGAUUUUGUCUGAUAUCGAUGGAACUCUUGGAAUUAUUGUAAUGCUACAAAUGUCAGGUAUUCUUAUUUAAAUGAAUAUAUGUUACACAGAAAAGACAUCAAAUUGGUUACAUGUAUCCAAGUUUCAGUCGCCCACGCACUCAACUUCGUACCGAUUUUCAUUAAAAUGCUUAACGCGAUUUUAUUGUCUUCGCAACAAAAAUGGGGCAUUUUAUUAUUACCUGAAGCCAGAAAAAAAUCCGUGCUUUAGAAAAUGUCGAAGGAGCCUGAUUCCACUGACAGAUUAACAUUUUGUUUUGAAAACUGGAAUGGAAAUGUUCGUGUUCUUUGCAAUAUCCGCCGAACAUGGCUCGCCGCGCGCGGGGGACCCACGCGAGACCGCGCAGGAAACGGCAUGAAACUACGCGUGUGUAGUUUGUAUUUGCCGUAAUGGCUAAUGUGUUCUGUGGUCUUUAAACCACACGACUCGUACAUAUCUCUUUCCCUCUUAUCUUGUACACGCAGAACGCAGGGUGAAGUCACUUUUAACCACACGGUGAAGUAUCAGGUGUGGUGUUUUACCUUCAGAGGAUAUAAAAAGAUGGGAAACUACAAUUUCGGGUAAUUUAAAUGAAAACCGCUUAAGACCACCCCUCCCCCCAUUUCAAUGACGGAAGAAAUGGCGCGUUUUGUGUUUAGCGGCAGUUCUUCAUUUGUUGAGGGGGAGGGGUGGGUUUAUUUCUUAUUUUAUUCUGACCAAGAUUGUAGCUGGGACGGAAGGGGAGUGGUGGGGGUGAGGGAGGACUGCUAUGAAAGAACUGACGGAGAAACUUGUCAGAAAUUGUAAAAGGAGCCUCUAAAAGGUAAUAACAGUACCAGAAUCCAUUCUUGUGGUGGAGAGGGGGAGGUUUAGGAGAGCUGUAGUUCAAGCAAAUUCUUAUCCUGAGGAAGUCGCAAAAGGAGUUCAUUUUGUUGCCGUGAUGAGUAAUUGUGACACUAAUAAGUAAUACUAUGAGAUUUGAAACGUAAUCCGUUCACCUAAACCAUUACCAAAGCGCUAUUUUCGACCUUACCUCCCUUGUGUUGCCCGCAACCCCCCCGGAAAGAUAUGUAAUGUUGUGUUGUUUUCAUUUCUCUAUUUAGAUGACGUCAAACCGAACGAAAUCAUCUACUUCGUCAGAAAAUGGAAUGCCAGGCUCCCCCGUCUCCACGGUGGCGUUUUUUCCGCAAAAAUCAGAAAAAGACAAGCGCGGUUCAAGGAACGAAUAUCGCCUUGUUAAAAUUGUUCUCCCUGCCGUUCCAAUCCUUCUCCUGUUGGCGUUAGUCAUUGUACUCGUUAUCUUACUGACUCGAGGUAAAUCAGAAGAACCGAAGAAAAAUGGUCUUGGUGGUUGUAGCUUUUCUGAUGAAGCGAAACGCGUCGGAUUGGACUCAUUUCUGGACGCACUUCUCCAGAAGCACCAUGAGUUAUUGCCAGAGAAGUUAGGGUCAAAACCCGGGGUGACCGCGGAAGAGGUUCGGAAACAUUAUCGACCUUACGAUCCUCACCCGAGCGCCAUCAAGAACUUUACCGAUGAAGUGCGAAGACUUCACGACCGGUUGGAGGAGAUCAUCGGAAAGUCGGACGGAGCACAAAUGAAGUUACGUGAAAACAAGGCUAUGUAUGUGGCGCAACACCUGCUAAGACACUCCUUCGACUGGGGACCUUAUGAACGAAACUAUUACGCAGGAGAUUGGAUGUUUGAACCGAAUUUAUACUGCUGGCAGCCAAUCUGCUAUGUGCUGUCAAACUUAGAAGGCGCAAUCUUAUCCUUUAAGCCGAAUGAUCUCGAGGGAUUAGAACAGAUUGAACAGCUGUUCAAGAAACAUAGUGAGACUAUUUCAAGGUACAUUGAGAAUCUAAAGCUAGGCGUGGAAACUGGCAUGGUGCGUUCUGUCGAGUCUUGUACAGCGGGAAUUCACGCGACUAAAAGAAAUUAUUACGAGAUAGCCAUUCACAAUGAGACAGGUAUUUUUAACGAGGGUGUGGCAAAAACUAUUCUAGCAAAACGUUUUACGUCGAAAAUUACAUCUGAAAUGAACACCACGUGGUACAAGAAACGAGGAGAGAGCGUGGAGGCGUCACUCAGACGAUUUUUGCUGGUUUACCUAGGUGAACCGCUGACCAGACUUAUAAGGUAUCUUGAAAAGGAGCAUCUCCAAUAUUGUUACAGCGGAGUUACCGGGAUGGCGAAGUUGCCUUUAAAUUCCGUAUACGUGGAGGGCGUUCGCGAUCCGUCCCGGCCAACAACUGGAACCCUUCCGAACGGUGACGUCAUUAAUGCUACCAACUCGUACAAGAUGAUCUUGUCUUUCUUCACAAGUACUUCUAUUACGCCGGAAGAGCUGAGAGAUAAGGGUUACCAAAAACUGGAUGCUUUACUUAGUCAGGCAAAGGAACUUGCUAAACAGUACACUGGAAUCCAGAACGAAGAUAGCGCUGUUCUUAAGUUCAAAGAAGUUCUCAAGUCACGUGAUAGUUUCUUCAACGAUGAUAAAUUUCCUGCCAAUGAGUCUGGGGAGGAAGCGUUCAUGAAGUGUGCUGACACACAAGGAGCGCAGGCGUUUUGUCCCGUGCGAUCGAAAGCCUUAAAGAAAUGGAUCAACUCUACAAAGCACGUUGCCAAGCUGCUACGACCCAAACUCGAACCACUUUUCUACUUCUCUCCUCCCAAGAAAACGACGCCAUCUUGCGGUAUUUCUGUAAAGGGGGAGUACAACCCUGAAAUAUGUUUCCAUGGUUACGAGCUCAGCUUAUUCGACUGCAAGGUAUUGGCAUAUCAAACAUUACCGUUCUUCAUGGAUGACUUUGGACCAAAAUACACGGAAUAUACCACGACAUCCCACGAGCAGUUACCAGGCCACCAUCUGGAGGUCCAAGGUUUCACCGAGAACUUUGAAGAUUCCUGUAAUGAUGCUAUAUCUUGGAUCUCAUCCGGGAACUACCUUCCGUCGUAUACUGAGGGCUGGGCCACCUAUGUUGAGUACCCGCUGAUGGCCAGGGAUACCGACGCGUAUGUCAACACUGCGGACAAGCAAAUUUUGCUUCAGAAAUAUGGCAUGUUAAAAUAUCAGAUUCUCGCUGCCUUACGGUCUGUUCUCGACACUGGUGUAAAUUAUUUCGCGAUGACACGUAAACAAGCUGAAAACCUUUAUGAGCAGUACGCAUGGGACAAAAGUGACCUGGCCACCAAGGACAUCACGCGGUACCAAAGCUCACCAGCCACUGUUACAAGCUAUAUGAUUGGCCAAGAGACUUUCAUCAAAUUGAGGCAACUGGCCGAAAAAGAACUGGGACCAAAGUUUUCCAUGAAAGAGUUUCAUUAUCAAAUCUUGCGCCAAGGGGAACUUCCUCUGAAGUACAUGGAAGAACACAUCUCAAGGUUCAUAAAAUGUAAGAAAGAUUCUUCAGGACUGGGAUGCCAAGAAAUACUCUCAUAAAAACCUUUCCAGCAGCCGAUCGCCAGUAUACUUCCCAAGAGUUAUCAACAUCAUAUUUCUCCUUACAAUUUCCAUACAUUAUCAAGCAGAAAGGUAAUAAGAAUAAAGAAAGUCAUCAACUAAGGAAAUUGCCUGGAUGUAACACUAAUUCUCACAGCAAGCAUUUCAAGGAAUUUAUGGCAAAAGUUAUGGAGAAUCCACUUUUAGGUCUUAAUAUUUUAAGGCUUAACGCAUCAUUAUUAUCGGCAUAAGCUUCAUAACAGAUCUAUAGAUAGCUGAUAACAAGAAACAAGAGCUCGGCUAGCUUUUCUCAACGCCCAUCACGUUUUUCUCUUUAAAAUAAAAAUGUUCCCUGUUAUAAACGUAACAUUAACCGAUCUUUGUCAGAAUUCUCUCUUCGACUAACUGAACCCGCUAAUUUUGUAACAGCGGGCUCUAAGUAACAAGCGCAGUCAUACUUUAAUGUACAGCUAAGACGCUGAUACACGAAGCAUUUUUGCACAACUUGUCCGGCAGUUUUUGUUGCAAUUGAAGUUUUAGGGAAAACUGCCCUGUUCAAAACCCCUUCUAAAAUCAAUAUAUAUCGCAACGUUAAUUUCGCAGUGAGCGUUAAGCGGAGUAGGACCAAGUUAUACUUUCGGCAAAGCUUAUUGCAACGAAAAUGUUGUGCGACAUGCUAAUUUUAAGCAAGACUGGUUAUUCUUGGCAACUUUAGGGGAAGUGCAAAAGUUAUGAAAAAAAUGUGAGGCAAGUUGUUAGAAAAAGUUGCCUAUUUUGACAACGGCUUUUUGAAAAAAGGUAUCAGAAAUCUUUGUUGACUUAUUGGGGUUUUCUGUUAACUCAGAAAUACUGUCUAUAUUCGCGGAGAAAUGCAGUGCUAAUGCCGACUGUAUAUAAGACUAGGUAGGUCGCGGUGAAAAAAGUACUGUAUUUUGCUCCUUUGAGAAUUGUCUGAGCACUCGUUUGUGUUUUCUUGCUAGUGUGAAAGCACUCUCUAGCUGUUAGCUCAAAAAAAAAAAAAAAAACUUGCUAGCCACUUUACAAGGUCUACUCAAAAAGCUGCGUGAAUCUGAAUACAACUUGAGGUCAACUUAAGAAGAAAUCUGGAUAUUUAAGUAAAACUAAAAUUGUACCUUAGCCUCUUUUAAGAUCAUAGAAAAGAAAACCUAUGCAAAAGCUACGAGCAUGCAUGCCAUAAGUAUGCAUUUUAAGUGUAUGAUAUAAUUAAUCUCAGCUUUAAAAAACCAUAAAGUGAAAUUAUAAAGAUAAUUGUGACCGAGUCAUAUUGUAAAUUUUACUGUAACGCAGUGCGUAGCAUUUUGACACGAAAAUAGCCUUCUUUAUUAAUUUGGUGUAAAUAAAGAUAAAAUACUAAUAACUAAUAGUCGCCCUGUGCGCCAUGUUACACGGCAUCGAUUGUCAACGGGUUGCGUUAAAAAAGUCGGCGUUUACAUUAAAGAUCGCUCGCGUACAUUACCUUUAAAGAGUAAUUGUACAUCUUUUAAUGAUGAAUUUUUGAGUUUUCAAAAUCAUUUCUCCAGAAAGUAAAAAGCUACAGUAACUUUAUUGUAUAUAUCUAGUACAUUUUGAGAAGACACAAUAAAAGAAUGCCUGCAACAGAAAUUUAUUUUGUUUUAAGCUCGUUCGUGCUUGGGGCUAAUUGUUUGUUCGCUUCCUUUAUACUCUGCACGCAAUUUGUCGGAGCCCGCAUGCACCAAGUAAUAAAACAAAAAGUAAUACUGGUUCUGGUAGCUACUACUAGUUUUACUUUGCUGGGUAGCCCCCUUGGUCCCUUAACCUUCGUCGAUUCUCAUUAGAGAUAGCGGCUUAAAUGACGUACCCAGUCUCUCUUACACCAAGGUUCUUUCUAUCCUGUUCAAUUCUUUCAUUUCUCAUUGGCAAGAUAAGGAAAACGAUCUUAACUGUCGGGGAACAAAUAUACUUUAUGAAACAACUGAGAGAGCUGUUUUGGGAGAAUAUCGGCCUUAUACGUCUUGACUGUGCGGACCGAGCCCAGCCCGGAGGUCAAUACUGCGGUCUGUAUAUACAGAAAAGACCUAAGGUCGACAUUCCUCCUAUGUGGUACCAAAUAAGGGAUAUUUAAAACUUAUAUGGCCUUUAGUCGCGUAACAUAUACCUCUUACUAACCGAAUUCGAGGUCCGUGCGGUAAAUUAUAGAACGAGUUUUUUUUUUUUUCUUCCAUUUUUAGCCCGCGCAAUUCGCGCUUUGGGAUCCUUAACUUACGGUACGGGCCGAGAGGACGAGGUGAGUAAGGCACCUACUAUAUCUCUACUGUGUGUCUGAUGGGUUAACUUUGGGAAACAAUAAUUUCUACUGAGUGAGGCAGAACGGCUUCAAAUGACUGACGCAUGUCGAAAGCAAAACUAGUCAAUUCGAAAUCGUUGCGAUUUCGAAGUGUGAUCUUAAGCGCGUUUAAUGUACAACUGAUAGAAAACGAAAGUUUGAAACUUUAUUUUUUAUAAAAGCUAAGAACAAUUGGCGAUAAAUUACGAGACAUUUUGGCGACAAAAACAACUUUAAACUUUAAGGGGCCGUACAAAAGAAUAUAUACCAGCCCGAAAUUGACUAAUCACAGCGCGCGUAGUUACUGAGAAAUAUAACAAAGCCUUUUUACUUGCUGCAAACAGACUUCAAACAGUAGUCUCUUCUUUUCCUUCGAUAAACAUAUAGCGUAGAGCAUUUUCACUCACACCAGACUCUAGUUUGGAAGUUGCGUAUUGCACGCUGAGAUAAGGUAAACAACCUUUAAUGUGGUC